AUGAUAUUUUAUGGGUCGGCGAUGAACGUAUUUAUCGCGGCAGAGACUGACUGGAGCGUUACAAACCCAGACAUACUUGAUCAGACCGUCCAUCAAGGCGACACCAGCGGGACGUCCCUGCUAGCAGAGUUCAAUCUCAACCUUACUCUCACAAAGCGUGCCCUUCCCGACAACGCCGAAUAUACGAUAAAUGAAGCGCGUCUAGAAGAAAGUGCUUUUAGACCAAAGUCCUAUAAUGUCCGCCUCGAGAGGGGAAGCUUUAUAUCCCCCCAUGAUAUGAUCGAUGGUAGAGUGUAUCCUCUGACUAAGAGAUACGAAUUUCGCCUAGCCUGUGAUAAAACACUAUAUCCUCCCACAGAGGACUGGAAACCCUACUGGUUACCUAUGCGGAAUAAUGAAAUCGAGGGGUGGAAGGACUUUUAUUCUGGAACAAUGGAGUUGGGAGAUGAGUUUGAAAUUUGGGACCAUAAGAGCUUCCUCGCUUUUUAUCCAUCUUUAGUUGUAUAUAAUGAUAUAAAACCUUUCGUUGUAUUUAGUCCAAACUUCAGAAAUAUCACUGUAUAG